GAGCUGGAAUUCCGGGUGAGGGGUGCUGUGCCAGGGCAGGGUGCGGGGCCGGAGGCGCGGCAGAGGCGGGAUGGGGAAGGUGCGCCGGGCCGGGCCGGGCCGGGGAAGGGGCGGGCAGCGCCGGGCCGCCCUGUGCGCUGGCAGAGGAGGCGGCGGCGCUGGGCAGGGUCCGGGCGAAGGCGGGAGCGCGGCUCAGCAGCUCCGCUGGGGCCGUGCCGAGCCGAGCCGCGCCGCGGGGACCAUGCCGUCCUACACCGUCACGGUGGCCACGGGCACCCAGUGGUUCGCGGGCACCGAUGACUACGUGUACCUGACCCUGCAGGGCACGGACGGCUGCAGCGAGAGGCACCUCCUGGACAAACCCUUCUACAAUGACUUCGAGCGCGGCGCGGUUGACUCCUAUGAUGUGACUGUGGAAGAAGACCUUGGAGAAAUUCAGCUAAUAAAAAUUGAGAAACGGAAAUACUGGUACCAGGAUGACUGGUACCUUAAGUAUAUCACUGUUAAAACACCAGUGGGUGACUAUCUGGAGUUCCCCUGUUACCGCUGGAUUACGGAUGAAAAGGAGGUUGUCCUUCGAGAUGGAAGAGCAAAGCUCCCCCGAGAUGACAAGACUCAGAUUCUCAAGCAGCACAGGCGCAAAGAGCUCGAAUCCCGUCAGAAAAUGUACCGCUGGAAGGAGUGGCAUCCAGGCUUUCCGCUGAGCAUCGAUGCCCAUUCUCACAGUGAACUGCCUCGUGACAUCCAGUUUGACAAUGAGAAGGGAAUUGACUUCAUUCUGAACUACACAAAAGCGAUGGAAAAUCUUUAUGUCAACCGUUUCAUGCACAUGUUCCAGUCUUCCUGGAGUGAUUUUGCAGAUUUUGAGAGGAUUUUUGUCAGAAUCAGCAACACAAUCUCUGAAUAUGUGAUGCAACACUGGAGGGAAGAUUUUAUGUUUGGCUACCAGUUCCUGAAUGGAUGCAAUCCUGUGCUGAUCCGGAGAUGCACAGAGAUACCCAAGAAGCUGCCUGUGACCAUGGAUAUGGUAGAAUGCAGUCUGGAGAGGAACCUGACUCUGGAGGAGGAAGUGAAGCAAGGCAACAUUUUCAUUGUGGACUAUGAGCUGCUUGAUGGUGUGGAUGCCAAUAAAACAGACCCAUGCACAAUACAGUACUUGGCUGCACCCAUCUGUCUGCUGUAUAAGAAUCUGGAGAAAAAAAUUGUACCCAUUGCAAUCCAGCUUGGUCAAAAGCCUGGACCGGACAAUCCCAUCUUCCUCCCUUCAGAUGCCACCUAUGACUGGCUGCUAGCUAAAAUUUGGGUCCGUUCCUCUGAUUUCCACAUCCACCAGACAGUGACCCACCUGUUACGGACACACUUGGUCUCAGAGGUGUUCAGCAUAGCUAUGUUUCGGCAGCUGCCUGCUGUACAUCCCCUCUUCAAGCUCUUGGUGCCACAUAUGCGGUUCACAAUAGCCAUCAAUACCAAAGCCCGAGAACAGCUUAUCUGUGAAUGUGGUCUUUUUGACAAGGCAAAUGCUACGGGUGGAGGAGGACACGUACAAAUGGUGCAGAAAGCAAUGAAGGAUCUGACUUAUAGUUCCCUCUGCUUCCCUGAGGAGAUCAAAGCUAAAGGAAUGGACAGCAAAGAGGAUAUCCCCUACUACUAUUACCGGGAUGAUGGCAUUAGGGUCUGGGAGGCUAUAAAGAGUUUUGCAGAGGAUGUAGUUCACAUCUACUAUGAGAGCGACGAGGUGGUGUGUGAGGACGUGGAGCUGCAGGCCUUUGUCAAAGACAUUUACGUCUAUGGAAUGAGGGGUGUGAAAGCCUCAGGGUUCCCUAAGAUGAUCAGGACACGAGAGACACUAGCAGAAUAUCUCACAGUGAUCAUGUUCACUACAUCGGCUCAACACGCAGCUGUGAAUUUUGGUCAGUAUGACUGGUGCUCCUGGAUUCCCAACGCCCCACCAACAAUGCGCUGCCCUCCUCCAACAGAAAAGGGCACAGUCACCAUUGAGCAAAUUGUGGAGAGUCUGCCAGACAGGGGACGUUCUUGUUGGCAUCUUGGAGCUGUCUGGGCCUUGAGCCAAUUCCAGGACAAAGAACUGUUCCUGGGCAUGUACCCAGAUGAACACUUCGUGGAGAAGCCAGUGAAAGAGGCUAUGGCAAAAUUCCGCAAGAAUUUGGGUGAGAUUGUCAACUCCAUCACCGAGCGCAACAAGAACAAGAAGCUCCCUUACUACUACCUUUCCCCAGAUCGUAUUCCCAACAGUGUUGCUGUUUGAACACAUAGCCAGGAGAGUUUGAAGGCCUGUAAAGCUAAUGAUGUUUUUCUGUUAUAUGCUUCUUCAAUUAGCUUUUCAGAAAUGGAUAAGAAACCCACCCUCUCCAUCAGAGCUUGCUUAAGUCUAUUUGAACUUUCGAAAUAAAUUGGGUUAUGACCAAUCUUGCAAACAAAAUCUAACUGACAGCCCUCUAGGUCAAAUUUUUUACAAUUUGUUAUUUUUUCAGGAUUUUAAAACUAAUCUUAGAAUCAAUAGACAUGUCUCUAAAUAGAUAUGUUAUCUUUCUCUCUCCUUGUCAAAACAAUGUAAUCACAGAUUCACUUACGCAAUGGAAAUAGUAUCAUGAGCAAUAAGCACGUCACAUUUUAAAAUCCUUCCUGUUUUUAAUAGGUGACACUGGUGACAUAAAAAAAUAUCACUUUUAAAGUUUAUGCAUUGUUUCAAAUCUGAUUAAUGUGAAGUAUUUUCAUUACCAUCAUGAAUAUCCUAAUCAGGACGAAGGUAGAAGCAGGAAAUUUUUUUGACAUAGCUGAUGGGGUUUUAUCGCUUUCUUACCAAGUUCAUGGGAAAUGACAUCUCAUAGGAGAUGAAAAUUUUGUACCUUCUUAAACCUAAGUAUUUUCUACAUAAAACUUGGAAGGUUUGUUUUAGCCUCUGCCAUCAGAGUUUGAUGUCAUUCACAUGUAGGGAUAAAUGUUCUACUCAAGGCCGUGUCAGCAAGUACAGACCUAUGCUCAGUUUGUUUCAUUGCUGAGGCUGCAGGGAUUUGCGAGCAGUUUCUUCUGUUUUGUGGGGAAUUAAGAGGCUACUUUGUAUAAUGGAAAAAUUUGUGGAAAAGGCUUAAUUGACAGCUUCUAAGAGGAAUCUUUAGAUUUGGCCAGUUAAACAUGACUGACAUGUUCCAUCUUAGUUAUAAACCACUGAGUUUUGUUUUGUUUAGAGGUGUUUGUGUUCAAACACUUGGGCUCUGGUAAAAGUUGAGAAAGUCACUGAAAAAAGCAAAAUUGAGGUUUGUGAAAUUUAAGUUGUGGUUUUGCUGAUUAGAAUUUGGGUUUUUCUGAGAAUUUGUUCCUUGUACUUGAUCUGCCAGCAUGCAGUGUGCUUUCUCAAUAGAUAAGAAAAUUUCUUGUGCUAAUAAAAAAAACCUGAACAUCUAACUUCUAUUUCCUAAUUCAGCAUUUAAUACUAUAUGUCUCAAAAACCUUGUAGGAAUAAACAAAAUGUGCUGUGUAGAGAAAUGAAGCUUAUGUCAUUGACAAAUAUAGUUAUUUCUAUCAUUCAUGUGUAAUUUGGAAAAUAGUACUACUAAAAUAUGCAUCCUUUCAUAUGAAACAGAUAUGAAAACUGAUUUUAGACCAUUUACAGCAGACUGAUUCCUGUUUCUUGCCCCCAACCAAAGACUUCAAGAAAAAUGUAGAAGGUAAAACCAUUUCCUAUUAUUCAGUAGUACACUUAUGACAUAUGCAUCAUCUUCUCACUGCAGCCCAUGAGAAUUGAUGAGUGUAGAAGCAGAGUAGGGCAACAUGGAACAGGACCAAGGAAUCAGAGAGAACUUGUGAGCCCACUGCCUCGAAAAGUGCAACUUAAAUGCAACAAGCUGAUGCAAUAUAUCCAGCAUGCUAGCUCUGACUUUUGUCUUUCUGCUAUGUAAAGAGAAUGUCCUCUUGCUUCAGCUUUCAUUUGAUAAUGAUUUGCAUAGUCAAGUAUUUUUUAUAAAACAAAAUAUGGAAGGAGACUGGUGGAUGUUCUGUCACAUCUGUGCACUCUGCUGUAGCCUGUGGACCUGGGAUACAAGUACAGUUGAUGGGAGGUUUGGGGAAUUGAGUAUAUAGCUUUGAAAAUUGGCAUUAGCAUGUGAUUCAAUGGCAGGAAAGGCUGUGGAAAGAGGUAAAGAUACUAAAACUAAUACUGGCACCAGAAAAGAAGCAGAUACCUGCAAAUAGUAAAGUGCUUACAUUUCCAGGGGGUGUGCAUGUUGCUGUCCCACUCUCAGCUCUCUUUUCAGCUUGUCUCCAUCUCUCAGAAAGUCAUGUUCCUGUGCACAGGCCAUGGGUUCCUUCCCCACGUCUUUAGCCAUGACUUGCUCAGAGCUGUCUCCUAAAGUCACGGCACUAAGGUACAGUACCCACUUGCAGGUUCCCUCCUAGGUGGAAAUGAAAGUAUCAGCUGUCUCUGAAAUGUGUCAUGCACUCAGCUUAUGACAGACAUUACAGCUUGAUGUGCAUCGCCCCAGCUCUGCCAGGGUUUGACAGCCAGUCGCUCGUGUCUUGGCUGGAUGGCUGCUGCUACUGGCCAGUCCAAGGGAAUGUAGCCUGACUCUGCAACUCAGCCUCCCGUGCUGGAAAAUCAGUUGCAGUGAUUCUCAACUGGCUGAAAGACUGAACUAGUUCCAGGAAGUCCUUCCAGCAUAUCUGAGCCUGCUUUCCUCUUUUUGCAGGGUGAAUUUAACUCUAUAAACUACUCUUUGUAGGAUUGUCCCUUUCUCAACCCCCAAACAUACCUUGCAAUAAUGUGAUUCUCACUGCCCCAAAAACAAAGCCCUUCUAUUUCUUAGUCAUCCCAUAUGAAGUAAGCUACCCUUUCCCCAUCAAUCCCCAUUUUACGUGUGGGGAAAUGGAAUAAGAGCAAUGAAAUUCAGUAGAUCAGCUCUGAUUUGAUGUUUUUUUCUUUACAGAGAGACUGUGAGAAAGCUGUGUAUCUGAAGCAUGCUACUUUUAUCCUUCUAGAGAGCGGACAGCAAGUUCAGGCUUGGUUGCUCAGCAUUACUUGCUCUGUUGUGUGUUGAGCAGAACAUAAAAUAAACUCCCAAAGACAUAUUUCUAACUAGCAAGCUUCAACCAGCAACUGUCCUUUCCUGCUACAGUCAUAGCGACAUGGUAUCCUGGAAGAAAUUGCACACACUGAGAUAGUAUCACCAGGGCAUAGUUUGCUUUAUUUAUACUAUAAAAGGCAUAAAUAUUGCACAAUCUGAUGUGUCUGGUACAUUUAGAGGUUAACUGAGUCAUGGGUUUUUAUGGCCAGAAGACAGGGGUUUGAUUGCUUGGAUGAUUUCACCAUAACACAGACAUUUGGAUUUCCCUCUUCAAAUUCAAUACAGGGGUGCUGUAGAUCCUACAGAUCUAGGAAUCAUCUGUGAACACAUCCACUCACGAUGCACCAAAACAUGAUUCACCCUGGUGCUUGAGACACUUGUCUCACUGGUGAAUCCCUCUGAAUCCCUCAUGCUGUGAAAGAUAAAUGCUGUGUUUCUAGUUCAGUGUGCAUUCUAGCUUCACUUCUUGCACCAGAUGGCAUGCUUCUUGCAGCAGCCUUAUGUGACUGAAAAUCCUUCUCUGACCAUGUUCCCUACUACUUCCCCCUUUUUUUUUUUUGAUAUAC